CUAGAUGAUAUAUGGCUUCGAAAGAUGUUCUUCCCUGGUUAAGCGACAAAGAUCCUCCAGCUGCCAAAUACCCAAGACUUCUGUGCCCAAACAUCCGCGAACAACCUUUUGAAGGCUUAGAUAUCAGCGAUUUAGUAGUUAAUCUAUUUAAUAAUGUACCAAAAUUCACAUACAGAUUACCGCCUCCUAGUACGAUUUCCAGAACAUCAGAGAAAACAUCGAAGGCUAAGAAAUUGAGAAAACAGGCUCUAGAAAGGAGUAAUGGUAAAAGCAAAAGUUUUGUCAAAGCAAGAAAUGGAGUCAGGACGUUCGAAGAAAGCGAUUCAGAUGACCAAAGUAUUUCUGAACUGGCGAAGUCUGUUGCUAAUCAAAAUAAGACUGAUCGAGGUCAAGAACAAUCAGUUUCUGGCGUGAAAAUUGAAGGUGAAUUAGAAGACAGUGAGGUCAUUAAACUAGUUCAAAAGUUUCACGAGAAACCUAAGCGUGGUUACCGAGAGAAAACAUUUGAAGCAAUGCCCAAAAGCUAUGGGUUCCUUUCACAUUGUAUAAGCUGCGGGUUUUCACCCGCCAAUAGAGUACACCCCAUGUUAAAGCACGCUGGCUUGUGUUCACACUGCGAGGUGUUAUUAAAGAAGGUGCCAGAGGUUAUUGAUCCGCGGGACGGGUACCAAGCAAACUGCACCCUUUGUUGUCGGGAAGGUCGCGACCUUGUAAUGUGUGAUUCAGGCAUGGAUAAAUGUCUGAGGUCUUUCUGCUUUCUAUGUCUGAACCUCUUUCUGGGUUCAGCUGGUGCCAACAAGAUUAGAAGCUCAAAGAAGUGGAACUGUUUCUUUUGUACAAAUUCAAACGUCGGCUAUCUGCAUUUGAAGCGACACUGGAAAUCCGGAUUUGAGAAGUUCCUGAAAAAUGGUGCUAAAAUUAAUCACAGAACAUUCUCUCAAACCAGUUCCUCUUGUUCCAAUGCAGUAACCAAUGACAAUAACGAAGCUCAACAGUCGAACUCGAAUUCUACAUCGUCUAAUUCACUUGCUAUCAAAGCCAAAAUAGGAACUAAACGUGAAAAUAACAACCAAAUUGAGUGCAAGAAUAGAAAUGAAGCUGAACUCAAUCGAGCUAGAACGCCAAUUUUGGCGAAGAAAUUGUCAAAACGAGAGCCAAGUUCACUCAAUACAAAGACUAGAAGCAAUGAAAAAUUGUUGUUUGAUAAUGACGAUGAAAUAACAUUAGCUGAUUUUCGACCAGCCGAACAAACCCAGAAGGAAAACAUGCAACCGUCGCCUGCGGGAAGUGACAUCGCAAAUAACAACUGUUUACCUGCAAGUUGUGAUCAGAACUUGAUGGCAGAUGAGGACAAUGAUUGCGGGGGACUGGGAAAAGUCAAGUUCUCAAUUCACGAUUCAGAAGAAGAGUUUAGUGUCAUCACUCCAGCCAAAGCAUCUGCUCGGUCCCGAAUCACAAGCCCACUUUCGACAACAUGUACCACUACUUCACUCACCGAUAUCCGUCUAGUUCAAGAAGAAAACGAUGAACCUGAACAGAACGCUCAUCCAGUAUUCAGGAAAACCUUCCCGCAUUCUAGAAGCAACCGGUUCAGUGGAUACACACAAGCGUCACAUUUGAAGAAACUAUGCAUAUGUUGCACAUCGAAAAACGUCUCCAACAUUUCACAUCCUAUGUUCAUAGGGGGAGUGUGCGACGACUGUUUACCACGAGUGUGUAAAAAUAUAAUAACAAUCAUGGAAGUACCAGCUGAAGACCACGAUUUAAUGGACCUCGAGUACCUCAAAAGUAUGUGCUGUAUAUGCUGUCGUAAUAUAGAAGAGCUAAUCACGAAUAUCCAGAAGUCGGAAGCCUCGAAGAAACCGAUUUUGUUCAGGUGUUCACAGUCGGCAUGUAAUUAUGCUUUCUGUGAAAAUUGUUUAUCAGGUUUAGUUUCGACGGAAUUGGUGGAGCUUUUCAAGGGAUUCAGAAGUGCAGCUACGUCCACUAGUACAAGUCCGCCUAAAAGUACUAUCAUUCCGUCUUGGACUUGUUUUAUGUGCAGUGAUUCGCAAUAUCAUGGAAUUUUGAAGCUGCAAAUUUAAACCUCGAUUUCGACUAAAUUCAAACCUUAGUAGUCUUGAAGAUAAUUAUCAUAAACCUAAAAUUAUUUCGGAAAGAAUAAAAUGUGCAAAUCUGCAGGGAUAUGUAUUUUGCGGCUGUGAAUUAUUUGUAAUUUUUUGUUAUGUAAUUAGAUUGAUUAGCAGUUAAUUUACCACAGUGUGUAUACAGUCACAGUGUGCAGAUUGGAUGGAUUGGAAUUAGUUUUGAUUGAUCGAUUUAUUUAAAAAGCUAUAUUUAUGAACAUUCAGUGCAAAUAUUAACUCUGCAAGCAACAGAAAGUGACACAAAGUCUUUUAAAGAGCCAGAUUCGACGCUAAAUUUUUCUACUAAAUUUGAUUUUCAUAUCUGAUUAAAUACAAUACAGUUUUCGCCAUAG